CCUCUCUGUUUUUAGUUGAUUUUUGUCGGACUUUAAGAGAAAGAGAAAGAGAAAGUGGCCUAUCUGUGGACUUUCUCUCUAUAGAGAGAGAGAGAGAAGCAAAGAGGAUUCGUUCGUUUACUUGCUCAAAGCUCGAAACUUUCAUCUCUUCCUCGUUAUUGGGCUUUGAUCAGCUUUUUUGAAAUCCGGAGAAAAGGAACUAUCUUUUGGUCUCUGCUCGAAAUCAAAAUCUGAUCUUUCUUGAGAGAGUCUUGCUCCGAUUAAGGUUUCCUUCUGCUUGCAGUUAGAUCUCGGGGUCGUGUUAGCGAGGAAUUAGGGUUUUAACCAUCCUUCUUCAUUUCUCUGUUGAUUCGAGGGGAUGGAGAAGCUCACAGGCCGAUGCUCGCUGCUCUAGCAUUCCGAUCAUGAAGAUGAACAUGAAGAAGUUUCUAAAAAAGCUGCGUAUCAAUCCCAAUCAGCGAGAAGACGGGGAAGGCUCGGUAUCAAACAGGAGCAACAAGUCGAGUGAUGCAGAGCCAUCUCCUUCUGAUUCUUCGAGGUCUCAGGAAAGCAAGACCAACCCUGAGUUCAAACCCUUUGCGGGGUUUUCGAAUUGGCUAAGCUCUGUUGCUCAGAGGAAAAGCUCUAGCACAACAGCGUCUUCCAAUGCUAAUAAUAGUAGCACAGGGGAUGAGGCGAGCUUGGAACGUGGUGCUCCUGUUGCGUCUGAAUCCGUGAUGAAAGAUUUGGGUUCUGGUACUUCCAAGGAUCCUGAGGUUGAGGAAGAGUAUCAGAUACAGCUGGCUCUUGAGCUAAGUGCUAGGGAGGAUCCUGAAGCUGCUCAGAUUGAGGCUAUUAAGCAGUUCAGUUUAGGUUCUUGUCCUCCUGCUCCUGCUCCUGCUCCUGAGAAUUCUCCUGCUGAGCUCAUGGCUUAUAGAUACUGGCAUUAUAACUGUCUUGGCUAUGAUGACAAGAUCGUGGAUGGUUUCUAUGACUUGCGUGGAGUAAUCAAUGAAUCUUCCUUAGAAAAGUUACCUCCCUUAGUUGAUCUUCAGGGGACACUUGUGUCAGAUGGUGUAACUUGGGAAGCUGUUCUAGUGGACAGAAGCAAAGACUCUAAUCUGUUAAGACUUGAACAGAAGGCCCUUGAUAUUGCAGCGAAAUCAAAGUCAGUGUCUUCUUCAGGCUUUAUGAACAGUGAAUUGGUAAGGAAGCUGGCGGUUUUAGUUGGAGAUUACAUGGGUGGACCUGUUGUAGACCCAGAUAGCACAUUAAGAGCUUGGUGGAGUCUGAGCUACAGUUUGAAAGCAACCCUCUGUAGCAUGGUUUUGCCCUUGGGUUCUCUAACUAUUGGAUUGGCUCGUCACCGCGCCUUGUUGUUCAAAGUUUUGUGUGAUAGUGUUGGUGUUCCUUGUCGAAUAGUCAAAGGACAGCAAUAUACCGGUUCAGAUGAUGUGGCAAUGAACUCCAUUAAGACUGAUGAUGGCAGGGAGUACAUUGUUGAUCUCAUGGGAGAUCCAGGCACCCUCAUCCCCGCUGAUGCAGCUGGACUACAAAUGGACUAUGACGAUUCUGUCUACUCUGCUAGUCCCAGAGAUGUCGAUUCAUCUCAUGUAGCUUCUUCCAGCAGUUGGGUUGAGACCUCAUUUGAAGAGCCAGCAGAAUCUUGGUCAGCUGAACAUCCCUCUAGGACCAAGGGUUCCUGGGAGGAAAAGCAAUCUGAAGGUGGAGGAGAUCUCAUGAUCCGUCCAAAUACUUUUAAAGAAGUUGUGGGAAGUCAAAAGGCUCCAGUUCAACAGCUUUCCAGCAAACCUACUCAUUCUUUCGCUCAUGCCAGAUCGCCUUCUUGGACUGAAGGUGUUAGCUCUCCAGCUGGACGCAGGAUGAAAGUGAAAGAUGUUUCACAAUAUAUGAUCGAUGCUGCCAAAGAGAAUCCUCACCUAGCUCAGAAACUUCAUGAUGUAUUACUUGAAAGUGGAGUUGUUGCUCCUCGGAAUUUGUUUUCUGAAGUUUAUUCAGAGUCAAUGGAGGCAACAGUUGAAAUCAAACCUGUGGCUGAAUCCAAUGAUGAGAAAGGGGAAGAUUUUGGAACAAUUCAACAAGGAAGAGUCCAGAGCAAUCUUGGUCCUGUGAGGUUUUUGCCUCCACUCCCAAGGCCGCAAUCUAAAGCAAAUACUCAUGAUCAACGUGAACAUUCAGGACCUCUCGGUCAUAUGUCUGAUUCUUCACAUUCUGAAACAUCUACCGACUAUCCCAGAAAUGUUCCUGUUGCCGUAGCUGCAGCUGCUGUUGUUGCAUCUUCCAUGGUUGUUGCUGCCGCCAAGUCAGCAAACUCGGAUUCCUCCACCUUAGAACUUUCUGUUGCAGCUGCUGCUGCAGUUGUGGCGACAGCUGCAGCAGUGGGAAGACAGCUUGAACUAGAUUCACAAAGCAAUGAGGAUGGUGGUUCUGGUGGGCCUUACGGGCCAAGUUCAGGAGGAGAAAGAAUAUCCGACAGAUCUACUGGCAAUGAAAGUUCGAAAUCUGAUGCUGCAAUUGAUGAUGUGGCUGAAUGCGAGAUUUUGUGGGAGGAAAUUACUGUGGCUGAGCGUAUCGGACUGGGAUCAUACGGAGAGGUGUAUAGGGGAGAUUGGCAUGGAACUGCAGUGGCCGUCAAGAAGUUCAUUGACCAAGAUAUUACCGGAGAGGCACUUGAGGAAUUCAGAAGUGAGGUCCGGAUGAUGAGAAGGCUCAGACACCCUAACAUUGUUCUCUUCAUGGGAGCUGUAACCCGUCCACCACACCUCUCAAUUGUUACAGAAUUUCUUCCUAGAGGUAGCUUGUAUAGGUUAAUCCACAGGCCUAAUAACCAAUUAGAUGAGCGAAAGCGUCUGAGGAUGGCUCUUGAUGCUGCUCGUGGAAUGAAUUAUUUACACAGCUGUAAUCCAGUAAUUGUCCAUCGUGAUCUCAAAUCUCCAAACCUUCUAGUUGACAAAAACUGGGUUGUCAAGGUCAGUAAUCCCUCCUCUUCCAUUUUAGUUUUCUCUCCAACCAAAACUUAUGUUAUCAUUCAUAUCUCUGUAAUAGCUUUACAUAUUUCUCAGGUGUGUGAUUUCGGAUUGUCUAGGAUGAAACUAAGCACAUACCUCUCUUCAAAGUCAACAGCAGGCACGGCUGAAUGGAUGGCUCCAGAAGUACUUAGAAACGAACCUGCUGAUGAAAAGUGUGAUGUGUACAGCUAUGGAGUAAUUCUAUGGGAACUCUUUACGUUACAGCAACCAUGGGGGAAGAUGAACCCAAUGCAAGUUGUUGGAGCGGUUGGGUUUCAACAUCGACGACUAGAAAUCCCUGAAUCUGUGGAUCCUCGAAUUGCAGAUAUCAUCAGUAAAUGUUGGCAGACGGAUCCAAGGUUAAGACCAAGUUUUGCAGAGAUUAUGACCUCUCUAAAGCAGCUACAGAAACCUAUAAUGAGUCCAAACGUUCAAAGAGCAACUCCCAGUACUUCUUCAAUGGUCACUGAGCAGGAGCAGUAAUAGAGUUGAAGAAGAUGACUAAAGCGGUGAUGGUGGGAUCACUAUGUGCAUGGUUUGUUGUGGUGUGCUGGCUCAUGUGUAAUUCCCCAAUGUUGUUUUUUUUUUUGCGUAACAAACUGUAAAAAGGAAGAAGGCGAAAAAGGAAAAAAGGAAAAAAAGAAAAGAAAAUUAUUUUGGUAAUGGUGGAAACAUUGAGAAUUGAACUUGAAAGCAGGAUGGACUCUCAUGUACAAAAUUCAAAAGAAUUCAUCAUUUACCUUGUUGGGAACACAAAAGACUCGUUUAUUUCAA